CACUCUUCAUCUUUGAGCGAGAGGUUAACGCAAUCGUCGUCGUUUGGGGAGGAACACGAAAGACGCCCUUCUAAUCUAAGGACGAAGGGAUCGACGCAACCGGUCGAGUUUGAGAUAAUUAGCGCCUGGCUCGCAACGCCGCAAAUGCUCUCGAUUCAAAAUUGCUCCGAACUCGGUAGGUUUUCUUGCUGCCAUUGUUAGGAAACUCCUACUCGAUGCUUCAGUAGUUCGGAUUCAAGUCGAAAGAAUCUAGCUUGCUUGGAUCCCUGACGCUUGGGUUAUCUUCAUCCUCCUUUCCGUACACCAACAAUGUCUCCUCGAACGGCGACGCUGUUAAUGCUCGGAGAAGGCAUACAUUAUGCGACUCCGGUGAUACCCAGUACCGCGAUAACUGAAGCUGAAGUGGUACGAGGCGUUCUCCAAAUGCUACAAGGUCUCUCGCUCUCCGGGUCCCUCUUCCGUUGGGACUCGAAUUCGCGCUCCUAUCGUGUUUCCCAGCCGGGAAUUUACCUCACUCACCUCUCCCGCUCCAGCCUACACAACCUUCUCCAUCAGUUCAUCUACGCAGCCACUUGCUUGCGACUUGUGGAACUUUUGCUCGAUAAGCUGAGAUCGGUGGCUUCUACUUCCAUGCCUACUCUGAGCGCUUUUGUGUCUUCUGCCUCCUGUUGGCUCAAGAGGUUGAGGGAUAUUGCUUUGAAGGAGGAAGUGAAGGUAUGCAAUUCCAGUGUUGAAACCACUCCCACUCUGUUGGGACUGUCGAAUUCCUUAUCUAGUCUAUGCUCAGGUGCUGAGUAUCUACUGCAAAUCGUUCAUGGAGCUAUUCCCCAAGAAACUUGUGAGCCAAAUUCGUCUAUUUCAGCUGCUGAAGUGGCCGUCCACAUUCUUGAUUAUCUUUACAAGAAGUUGGAUAAAGUUUGUCUCGUGGAAGGUGGUGAGGAGGAAGGAUAUAGAUUAGUGCUUCAUAUGUUUGUGGCAAGUCUAUUGCCGUAUAUUGAAGCCCUUGAUUCCUGGCUUUUUGAAGGGAUACUUGAUGAUCCUUAUGAGGAGAUGUUCUUUUGUGCUGAUGGAGUAAUCUCAAUCGAGGAUUCUGGGUUCUGGGAGAAGAGUUAUCAGUUUAGACAAGAUCAUAAGCUAGAUGUUCAGAACUCUGGCCACACUUCUGCUGUACCUCCAAUGAAGGGCAUGAAAGAGAUAGGUAAUAGAGAUUCCAUUUCUUUGCCUGCUGCUACCAAAAGAGAGGGGCACAGAAAGAAACUUCAUGUUUGUCCUUUGUUUAUAAGUAACCUGGCAAAGUCAAUUGUCUCUGCUGGAAAAUCUUUGCAACUGAUUCAUCAUGCGCCUACAUCAUUGUCAUGUCCAUCAAGCUUUGCUAAAAGUUACAUGAGCGGGACUGAUGGUUUUGGAAGCAAUAAUUGUGACCAUAAAGUAACCAGCCAACAGCAGAGUUUAGCUGGGUUAACUUUGUCAGAGGUAUUCUGUGUUUCAAUAGUAGGGCUUGUUGGCCAUGGUGAUCAUGUCCAUAAGUACUUGUUAGAUGACAUAAGCCAAUCCAGCAUUGCCUCCACUUCUGCGGCCGAUGCAAUUAGCAAAGAGAUGCGUAGUAGUAACUGUGAGAACUCAGCCGUUUCAUUUUGCUCGGAGAAGAUAUGGUAUAAAUUCAUGUUGGAUGCAUUUUAUCAGAAAAAAACCACUCAUUUAGGAUUUUCUGGUCCAGCUGAGAUUGAGGAACAUACGAUCCCAGGAUUUGUAGUUGGAUCACAACUCCAUAGGUCAUUCUUUCCUGAGAAUCCAGUUAUAACUGUCUGUCAAGCUCCACUCAAGAAUCACAAAGAGACCUGGAGCGCAUUGAACUUGUCAAGAAAUUUUUCUCUGCCUCCUUUGAAUGAUGAUACCUUGCAUGAAGCUGUAUUUGGUGGAAACAAUGACAGUGUCAGAAGAACAAACUAUGCUCUGGGGUUUCAAUACAGUGAAUCCGAGUAUGCUCGUUCUGUCAAUGAGAGAAAGCUCUUAGAACAAUUAUUUCCUUUUCCCACAGUUCUCCCUUCCAUACAGGAUGAUGACCCAAUUUCAGAGCACUUUCCUUUCCAGAAGAAUAGCACACUUCCAUCGAGGGCUCUCUGCUGGAUUCUAAAUGUUGAACCAAGAAGCAAUCCACAUCCUGUAGUUAUUGUGCAGGAAUGCCUAUAUGUUUACAUCAAGAAGCAGGCAUCUUGCUCACUACAUUUUGUGGAUUAUGUUGGCAGGAUGGUAUUGUCAAAGUUGAUGAAUGAGUGGAAAUUGAUGGAUGAGCUUGCAGUACUCCGGGCCAUAUACUUGUUAGGUUCAGGUGAUUUGCUGCAGCACUUUUCAACCAUACUUUUCAGUAAGCUGGACAAGGGAGAAACCUGGGAUGAUGAUUUUGAGCUAAACACUAUAUUACAGGAAUCAAUUAGGAAUUCUGCAGAUGGUAAUCUACUCAAUUCUCCAGACUCCUUAGUUGUCACCAUCACCAGAAAUCAAGGAUUUGAUAGUGAUGAACUUCCUAAUACACCUCGAGGUAUCUCAACUCAGAGAAGUCACCCAAACAACUUUGGAAUCGAUGGCCUUGCCUCAUUGAACUUCUCAUACAAGGUAUCUUGGCCACUGGAACUUAUUGCUAAUACAGAGGCCAUUAAGAAGUACAACCAGGUGAUGGUAUUCUUGUUGAAGGUCAAGCGAGUUAAGUUCGUACUUGAUAAAGUCCGAAUGUGGAUGUGGAAGGGUAAAGGCAACACGAGAAACAGCUCCAAACGUCACUGGUUGGUGGAACAAAAGCUCCUUCAUUUUGUCGAUGCCUUUCACCAACAUGUUAUGGAUGGAGUAUAUCAUAGUGCAUGGCGUGAGCUUUGUGAAGGUAUGACCGCAGCUGGCUCUCUCGAUGAAGUCAUGGAAGUACAUGAAGCCUACCUACUAUCAAUUCAGCGGCAAUGCUUUGUCGUACCAGGGAAGCUGUGGUCCGUAAUUGCGAGCCGGAUCAACCGCAUCCUCAGUUUAGCUCUGAACUUCUAUUCCAUUCAGCAGACUUUAGGUAGUGGGGGCACAGCUUCUGCAAUGAAGGCCAAAUGUGAAAUGACAAUUGAACAGAUCGAGAAAAGCUUCGAUGACUGCAUAGCUGUUCUCCUAAGAGUGUUGUCAGUGAAGGUGAACGUGAAACACUUUCCUCAUCUGGCUGAUCUGGUUACCAGAAUUAACUACAACUACUUCUACGUGUCUGAUAACGGUACGCUGAUGACUUCCACUGGCCCGGGAACUGGUGUUUCGAGAACGGUGAAGCCAUUUUAAAGCAGAACUGAUUCUCUGUAUAUGUAAUCUGCAUUUAUGAGUCUUAUGAACCAUGUUUGCGUGGGACAAAAUGCAAGCAGCAAUGGCUUUUUUGUACAGGGUCUUGGGUUCUUAAAAUUCAUGGUAUUGACCCAAAAUUCGAACCCAGAGACGCUUUUUGGUUGGAUAUAUAUGUUUGUGUUUUAGUGAGUAAACAAUUUUUAUACCUUGUUUGAGUGAGAAGGUUUUGGUCCAGUGGUCAAAAUCCGGAAAACAAUUUAAGAACUCUUGCCUUCCCAUGUACAUUGAUAGUCCGGGGCUCUAUCAAGUAAGAGAAGGGAAAAUACACAUAUCUUUGAUAGGGCUAUUAAUGAA